AUGGGAGACUCCUUAACUGAAUACACAGAAGAUCUGAACGCAAUUGAAGAAUACUCGUCAAGACUUUCCCCCCAAGGACUCUAUAUAGCUGGAGUCGCUAAAGCAAAAUCAAGCACCCCGCUUGCAAAAAUAUUAAAAAUCCUCGCUUUUAUACAAGCUAAGUAUGAAGGGAAUAAGCUCAACGAUACAAAUAAAGCCAUCAUAGAAUUCCACAUCUAUCAGGGAAAAAUUGAUAAAGCGACUGAGCAGCUUAAAAAAUUCCAAAAGACAAGCUCCAAAAAUGAAGAAGAACCACCCAAGCCACAGUCUGUGCAGAAACAAGAAGGUAAUUCAAUGAAAAUUGAGCCAGAAAGUAAACUUUCCAAUGCCCAAGUAGCUGAAAUAGAGCAAAAACUCUUAGAUGUCAUUAAAAAGCUAAAGAUUGAAGAAGAAGAGGAUGUCUUAAGAAAGAGAAAACUUCAAGAACAAAAGCGACUAGAAGCUGAAAGAGAAGCCAAAGAGCAGCAAGAAAAGAAGAACAAAGAAGAACAGGAUAGAAAGAAAAAGCUGGAAGCUCUGAAAUGCGGGAUCUGCAAAGAGGUCAUCCCAGAAGAAGAGGUAAACCCGCUCGAGACUUGCGGCCACUUGCACCACAAGCUGUGCCUGGUCGACUACUUAGAAAAUUCCAUUUACGAAUACAAAUUUCCAUUGGUUUGCCCCAGCCAAAACUGCAAAGUGGAAGUAGCAUUAGCAGACUUAAAAUCGCGGCUGACUCGAGACCAGUUCAAAACUUAUGAAGAAAACUCAUUCAAACACUAUAUCGACCAAAACUCUACUGAUUUGUGCAGCUGUCCGAAUCCCAACUGCAGGAAUAUGUUUAUACUUGAUACUGACCAGGGGUAUUAUCAAUGCCCGAUGUGCAAAAGAGAAUACUGCUUGAUUUGUAGGUGUGACUAUCAUAAAGGGUAUUCAUGCGACCAGUGGGGAAGAAAUUAUUUAAGAUUAAGAUUGCGAUAACUCUUUGUAGACCCCCACUUAGCUUAGGGUCAAUCUAAACAAGCUCUUCCUUCAUGAAUUCCAUCCACUAGCUAACAGCUCUGAACAACGGUAGGUGGAAUCGGCCUAACCAUCGAACCGUUACAGUUGCCUAUGGCCCGGACGAGUCUCUCUUCAUGGCUUGAAUGUGAUUCAAGCUCACUUGGGGCUGCCGGAGCAGUCCCAACGCUAAUUUCCUUCAGAAAGCUUGAAACUUCCCUCACUAGGACGAGUAUAGGGGAUGAGACCCCUAACUCAUACAUUCCAUUUUUAAUUGUGAAGAAAUUAUUUAAAUAACCAGCAAGAACAAUAUUAUCCAGGACUAAAAUUGAAAGCCUGUCCUCACUGCCGACGAUGGGUAGAAAAAGAGGAAAAGACAAACGUGAUGAGGUGCCAGUGUAGUUAUAUUUUUUGUUUUGACUGUGGAGCAGACACGAGAACUUGUAUGUGCAAAAAGAAAUAA